AUGACAUCGGAAAACUCUAAUCUGCCGCCUGCGGCAGCGACGGACGCUGUCCUUGUCCCCUCGGACGAGCUACCCAAGGACGCUCAAAAGGUCGAGGAAAUCGACUUCAAUGAGUUCAAGGGGAGGCCCAUUACGGUGGAUGAUAUGUUCCAGAACAUGCGGCACAUGGGCUUUCAGGCAAGUUCGAUGAGCGAGGCAGUGCGGAUCAUCAACAACAUGCGUGCAUGGAGGGAUCCGGAGACCGGGGACAAGACAACCAUUUUUCUUGGCUAUACAUCCAACAUGAUCUCCUCUGGAAUGCGCGGCGUUUUCCGGUACCUGGUCGAACAUAAGCACGUCGACUGCAUAGUCACGACCGCUGGUGGUAUUGAAGAGGACUUUAUCAAGUGUCUCGGUGAUACGUACAUGUCCUCCUUCAGUGCGCCAGGCGCUGAAAUGCGAUCGAAGGGCCUGAACCGCAUAGGGAACCUCAUGGUUCCGAAUGCGAACUAUUGUGCUUUUGAGGACUGGGUUAUGCCGAUUUUGGACCAAAUGCUGGAGGAACAAGAGGCAUCGAAAGGGACGGAGGAGGAAGUCAACUGGACGCCGUCCAAGGUAAUUCACCGCCUUGGAAAGGAGAUCAACAACGAGAAGUCGGUCUACUAUUGGGCCUACAAGAACAACAUCCCCGUUUUCUGCCCAGCAUUGACAGACGGUAGUCUUGGCGAUAUGCUCUACUUCCACACAUACAAGGCGUCGCCGAAGCAAUUCAAGAUCGAUCUCGUGGAGGAUAUCCGCCGUAUCAACACCAUUGCGGUCAGAGCGAAGCGGUCGGGCAUGAUAAUAUUGGGCGGCGGAGUCGUCAAGCACCACAUUGCGAAUGCAAAUCUGAUGCGGAAUGGAGCCGAGUAUGCUGUCUACAUCAACACGGCGAACGAGUUCGACGGCAGCGACGCAGGCGCAAGGCCGGACGAAGCCAUUUCCUGGGGAAAGAUCAAGGUUGGCGCAGAACAUGUCAAGGUUUACCUUGAGGCUUCUGCAUGCUUCCCGUUCAUCGUUGCCAGCACAUUUGCCAAGGAUGCAUAG